CAAAGUACUGUCCCAAGCUUUGAUGGCAUACAGACAAAAUAAGGCUGGUGGGUCAAACCCAGCACCAUCAGCUUCCUCUGUAGCCAGUUGUUCAUCAGGAGCAGCCACAACUUUUGGCUCUCAGUCAAAUGUGACAUCAGAACGUCAACUCCAACCCCCUCCCUUGCCUCCAGUGCCACCUAUACCUAUGCUCCAGCCUAUACCUCCACCCCUACCCAAGAGCAGUUACCCCUCAAACUUCCCUAGUUCUGAUGAUUAUGGACAAGACUAUGACCCCUACAGAGACACCUCCUUUACAUCAUUUGGACAAUCCUGAGGUGGACAGCAGGGAUGGCUGGGGAUUGUACAAAUUGGAAGAGAGGAUCACUUUAUAGUUUUGUGUUCACCUGGAACAGCUCAGAAGUUCUGCACAAAGUCAGUAGGAGAGAACACGUCCUAUCAACUUAAUGGGGCAGAUGACUUACAGGCCAAGAAGUGCUCCUUUUGGUUAAUUUCUUAUGUGGACCAAUAAGUGACUAUGAAAAUUAAUGGCAAAGAAACCAAUUUAUUUGUGCAAAAAAUAAAGUUUUUACAGUUUUUUUUCCAUGACCACAUUAGUAAUUUUCUCUUGGUAAUUGAUAGUAACUUUUGGCAUUCAUACAUAAAACGGUUACAGUAAGCAUUUUUCAGUUUUUUUUUUUUUAAUUUUCAUUUGGCCUUUAAGCAUUAGUGACAGUGCCAUCCCUUAUAAUUUAAUUGUUCAUUUUUUAAUCAAAUUCAUGGCAUACUAAUCAGUCAAUUAACAAAUUGACUAUGAUGUGACAUGGGGGAAGUUGAUUUGUCCCACUGCUUGAUCAAAAAUGCAAGUAAAUAGCAUUGCUGCUAGUCAAUGCUACAUCAUUGCUACAUCAAUGUUCUAUUUUCUCCUUUUAUAAAUUAUAAUUUACGGUUAUUUCUUGAUCUUUUCAAUGGGCAAAAGUUAUCAGCUUUCUUGUUACAUAA